AUGUCGAUCAUAUUAUAUGAAAGAAAAUUGCAGGAAGCUUUCUUCGGUAUGCGACCUGUUGAAGGACGAAAUUUAGUGGAAGCAGUUGUGGAUGAACCAACUUUACCGCAUGAAUUCGAUAAGACAACCCUCGGGCAAGAGAAACAAACUGGAGUGUUUGAAUUAACCGAGGCUGAUUCUGAGGCUCUACGCGAAGGUGAAAGUUUGUUGGGCGAUAUAACCGAGAAUGAGAUAUUCGGUAAUAUGGAAGAGAUAGAUUUUGAUAAUUUCGAUAUUAACGAAUUGUUGAUGGAAGGGGACGAGGAGGAAGACGAUGACACAUUGGAUACGGCAACUAAUGGUUAA